AUGUCAAAGAUCAACGCCACUCGCACUUUCUCCGCAUCGUCACCCCUCCAAAAGACGCUCACCGUAGGCCUCAAGAUGGUAGCAGACGACACACGUAUUCCGACGACGCUACAAGCGCUGACUCUCAGGGGCGUCAAGGAUUUGGAACUCACAUCCGACGGACUCAAGGCGGACGAGAAACUCAAGCCAGACGAAGUUCUCGUUGCACCCAAGAAGACAGGAAUAUGCGGCAGCGAUGUACACUACUUGCUCCACGGCAAGAUUGGCCACUUCAUCGUCAAGAAACCCAUGAUCCUGGGCCAUGAGAGCUCCGCCAUCGUCGUCAGAGUCGGCUCUGACGUCAAGCACCUCAAGAAAGGCGAUCGCGUCGCGCUCGAGCCUGGCGAGACGUGCAAGACGUGCGAGGAGUGCAGGCGUGGACGGUACGAGCUUUGCCCGAACACCAUCUUCGCGGCCACACCGCCCUUUGAUGGCACGCUAGCGACUUUCUACAAGCUUCCUGCUGAUCUCGCCUACAAGCUGCCUGAGCAUGUCUCACUAGAAGAUGGUGCUCUCAUCGAGCCCCUGGCGGUAGCAGUACAGAGCGCAGUCAGAGUCGGUCAAGUGACGGGUAAUCAGAACGUCGUCAUCUUCGGCUGUGGCCCCGUCGGUCUGCUCAGUAUGGCGACUUGCAAAGCUUUCUCGGCCCGUCGCGUCAUUGCUAUCGACGUCCAGCAGAGCAGGCUCGACUUUGCAAAAAGCUACGCAGCGACAGACAUCUAUCUGCCUACCAAGCCCGGGAAAGAUGAAGACCCGAUCGAUUACGCCCGCAGGAACGCGGAGGAAAUCUCCAAACAGCUUGGAAUCACCGAAGGCGGCGCAGAGGCGAUUGAUCUCAUCCUCGACUGCACGGGCGCACCUCCCUGCAUUCAGACGGCCAUCUGCCUCGCAAGACAGGGUGGAACAGUCGUCCAGGUCGGUAUGGGCAGCGAGAAUGUCGUUCUGCCCGUCACGACGCUUCUGUGCAAAGAGCUCGUCUACAAGGGCUCCUUCCGUUACGGCCCGGGCGUGUACGAUCUCGCCAUCGAUCUCGUAUCGCAAGGCAAGAUUGAUCUCAAGCCUCUCGUGACACAUCGCUACAAGUUCAAAGACGCAAAGAAGGCGUUUGAUGCCAUGAUCGAAGGGAAGGGAGACGACGGCAAACCGCCGAUCAAAGCCUUGAUCAGUGGGCCGGAAGAUGACUAACGAAUGAAACCUGCUAUGCAAUAUGCAAUGUGACAACAAGAUGACAAGAGCAUAACAUUCCAUCAUUGUGCACGCUGUGAGAAUGCAAGUCUUAUAUGUGUCGUGGGCGUGGUCGUCAAUCGACUAUGGAACGCUAGCACCCGGUCGCGCAGCUGUGCAUGUGUCUCACCCGCCUUCUUCAUCUCGUCCGGCAGACUGAUUUCGAACCGUCUGACCAUCCAUGCCAGCGCUACGAUGAUUUCUACCUGGGCGAACUUCAUGCCCAGACAAGAUCUCUGUCCGGCAGAGAAGGCGACAAAGGCAUCGCGAUUCCAUCUGUAAUCAUCGGUAUCUAUGAAUCGUUCAGGCUGGAAAUUUCUCGUGCUAUUGCCAAAACGUCCGCCCCAGUGCUUUGGAUCGUUCAGUAUUGCUACGGCGUCGAUAUUGAUCCAGGUCCCCUUUG